AUGAGCUGGAGUUUCCUGACCCGGCUCCUGGAGGAGAUCAACAACCACUCAACCUUUGUGGGCAAGGUCUGGCUCACUGUCCUCAUCAUCUUCCGCAUCGUGCUGACCGCCGUGGGCGGCGAGUCCAUCUACUACGACGAGCAGAGCAAGUUCGUGUGUAACACGCAGCAGCCGGGCUGUGAGAACGUCUGCUACGAUGCCUUCGCACCCCUUUCCCAUGUCCGCUUCUGGAUCUUCCAGAUCAUCAUGGUGGCCACGCCCUCCGUCAUGUACCUGGGUUUCGCCAUGCACCGCCUUGCCCGCGGGCCGGAGGGCCACCGGCGGGGGGGCGGGGGCCAGCGGGUACGCAUGCCCGUGGUGCGGCGGGGUGCCGGGCGGGACUACGAGGAGGCAGAGGAGGAUAACGAGGAGGAUCCCAUGAUCUUCGAGGAGAUCGAGGUGGAGAAAGAGAAGGGCGGGGAGGGGGGUGAGAAACACGACGGGCGCCGGCGGAUCCGCCAGGAUGGGCUGAUGAAGGCCUACGUGCUGCAGCUGUUGUGCCGCUCGGUGCUGGAGGUGGCCUUCCUCUUCGGGCAGUACGUGCUGUACCACUUUGAGGUGAGCCCCUCUUACGUGUGCAACCGCAGCCCCUGCCCGCACAUCGUCGACUGCUUCGUCUCCCGGCCCACCGAGAAGACCAUCUUCCUGCUCAUCAUGUACACGGUCAGCGGGCUCUGCCUCUUCCUCAACCUCCUCGAGCUCUGUCACCUGGGGAUCGGCCGCAUCCGGGACUUGGUGCGCCAGAGCAGCGACAGCCCGAGCCCCCACGACAGCCACUCUGGGCCGCACUAUGCCAAGAAGGCCCCCAGCGCACCUCCCACCUACCACUCGCUGAAGAAAGAGCCCCCCAAGGGCCAGCUGGCCAACGGGAAGCUGGACUACAGCGGGAACCUGGCCAGCUCUGCAGCUGAGCGCUCCCGCGAGCACGAGCUGGACCGGCUGCGCAAGCACCUCCGCAUGGCCCAGGAGCACCUGGAGAUGGCCUUCCAGCUGAACCCCCCGCUGGAGACGGCCAGCCCCUCGCGCAGCAGCAGCCCUGAGGCCAACGGUCUCGCUGCCGAGCAGAACCGCCUCAACUUGGCCCACGAAAAUGAAGGGUCUGCUUGCGAGAGAACCACAGGAUUGUGA